CCCGGUCCCUGAGCGCAGUCCGGGCUGGACCUGCGGGGGUUGGGGGGAGCGUGCGAGCGGGAGCCCGAGCCGCGGAGCGCGCUGCCCUGCUUCGUCGCCGAUGACUCGGGAAGUCGCGACCCAGCGCCCCCCAUGCAGGCCCCCUGCGCUCUGCAGACUCAGAGUUGAUAAUAAUACACCUACCCGACUCCGCUGCGGGGAGCCAUGAGCUGUCUGGAUGUUAUGUACCAAGUCUAUGGUCCUCCCCAGCCUUACUUCGCAGCCGCCUACACCCCUUACCACCAGAAAAUAGCCUAUUACCCAAAAAUGCAAGAAGCCCAGGAGUGUGACGCCAGCCCCAGUGACAGCAGUGGCAGCCGCAGCUCUUUUUCCAGCCAAACACCGGCCAGUAUAAAAGAGGAAGAAGGCAGUCCAGAGAAAGAGCGCCCUCCAGAGGCUGAGUACAUCAACUCCCGCUGCGUCCUGUUCACCUAUUUCCAGGGGGACAUCAGCUCUGUGGUGGACGAGCACUUCAGCAGGGCCCUGAGCCAGCCUAGCAGCUAUUCCCCAAGCUGUACAAGCAGCAAGACACCGAGGAGCUCCGGGCCCUGGCGGGACGGCUCCUUCCCAAUGAGCCAGCGCAGCUUCCCCGCCUCUUUCUGGAACAGCGCGUACCAGGCGCCCGUGCCCGCGCCGCUGGGCAGCCCGCUGGCCGCCGCGCACUCGGAGCUGCCCUUUGCCGCCGCCGACCCUUACUCUCCGGCCGCGCUGCACAGUCACCUGCACCAGGGCGCGGCGGAGCCCUGGCACCACGCACACCCGCACCACGCGCACCCCCACCAUCCCUACGCGCUGGGCGGCGCCCUCGGUGCCCAGGCCGCCGCCUACCCGCGGCCCGCCGCGGUGCACGAGGUCUACGCACCGCACUUCGACCCGCGCUAUGGGCCUCUGCUGAUGCCCGCCGCCUCCGCGCGCCCUGCCCGCCUCGCUCCCGCCCCGGCGCCCGCGCCCAGCAGCCCGUCCUGCGAGCUCUCCGGCAAGGGCGAGCCGACCGGCGCCGCUUGGGGCGCGCCCGGGGGACCUUUCGCGAGCCCCGCGGGAGACGUGGCCCAGGGCCUGGGCCUCAGCGUGGACUCAGGUUUGCAGCCUCGGGACAAAAGCAAGGAUCUGUGCUGGUGUUAGACAGCCCACCUUCUUCCCUCUCGCCGUUAUUCCCUCUGUGGUGCAUCCCUCCUGAGCUGAUCUGCUGACCCAGGGUUUCCCCUUCCCUUUCCCUUCUGACCAGCCACGGAGGCUCAGCACCUGUGCCUCUCACUUCAUGGAUGAGGACGUUGGGGAAGGCAGAGACUUCAAACUUCUCCGUGAAUUGGGAAAACCAAAACACACAUCUACAGAAAUUUUGUCUAAAAAUAAUUCCUUCUGCCAUAAGAGCAGAUCCAGACUCUGAAUUAUGUGUAAUGACUUUUGAGGAGAUCACUGGAAAUAUCUAUGGUAAGCUCACUUAGGUGGUAUGGUGUCAUAAGUUUUCUUGGAAAGCGAAAGAAAAUGAGACAUUUUGGUGUGAAUAUUUUUUAUGCUGAUGUGAAUUAUUUCAUUAAGUAGUGUGAUCAUAGCACUACAGAUGUCAAUAUCCUCAGAUUUAAAAUGUAUUUGUAUUUGCAUUGAAGACUGUGGUAGAGAAAUAAAAAGAAACCACGUCCUGCUUCCUCAUCUCGUGUAGCCUGCAGCUCCCAUCCUGCCUACAUAGCCCCUCCCUAGAGCACCCACGGCAGACACAAAGACACACUUUUUCCUUUGGACUGUGAACAUGGAAGCCCCAGCCUGAAUGUGAGUGGCAAGUGGCUUAUCUGGAGCCGCCUGCCCAAGUCUUACUGAAAUGCAGCUGUUGUAGGACAACUGUUCAAAGCUCCAGAAAUACAUCGACCAAGGUGGCACUUCCCAGUGUUUGGUACAACAAUUGCAAUUGCACUGGAUAUAUUUUAUAUAUGUGUGUGUGUUUAUAUAUAUAUAUAUCAUAUUUUUUACAAGGAACAUUUAUGAUGAAAGAAAAAACCCUUCUCUGCCUUCUCUCCCACUAAUUCUGUUCCUCCCUCCCUCCCUCCUCCUCUGGUGAAAAAAAGCAACAAGAGACCCCAACUGUCUCCUUGAAGAGGGAGGAAUCAUCACAAAAAGCAGAAAUGUCCAUAGAGUCUCCAAUACCUCGAUUUUUUCUGUCUAUGGUCAUGAUUUGGUCACUUGAGUGUUGGGACAGGGAGAGGGGUCUGUUCAUGGGCAAAGCUGAAGGCGAUGAGGAAAAAGAAAUGAACAUUAAAGGUGUCUGUUUACUACAAGGUUGCUGUGUUGUUUCAUCAAAAAAAUAAUAAACAUCGUAGUUUUU